AAGUGAGAGAGUCAGCAAGCAGCAGCAGGAGUGGAGCGAAAACCAGCAGCUUCAGCUUCAGCUUCAUGUUUCGUCCUGGGCUCUCCUCCUCCUUCUGUCGUCUGUCGACAAAACAGUGACAGUAUUUAUUUAUUAUUAUUUUUCAUUAUUUUGCAUCUAAAAGAGGGAGAGAAGAUUUGCGGAGUCAUGGAGCUUCUUUGCCUCGAGUCGGACGCAGCCUUGAAAGCCCAGCCUGACCCAAACAUCCUCUAUGAUGACAGAGUAUUGCAAAGUUUAUUAACAAUUGAGGACAGAUUUUUACCCCAAUGCUCGUAUUUCCAACGAGUCCAGAAGGAUAUUCAACCUUAUAUGAGACAAAUGGUUGCAGGCUGGAUGCACGAGGUGUGUGAGGAGGAGAAAAGUAAUGAAGACGUCUAUCCUUUAGCUAUUAAUUAUUUGGACAGAUAUUUAGCAGUGGUGCCUACAAGAAAGAGUCAUCUGCAGCUUCUGGGAGCUGUCUGCAUGUUCCUGGCCUCCAAGCUAAAGGAAAACAGGCCAUUAUCAGUAGAAAAACUAUGCAUGUACACAGACAACUGCAUCACUGCAAGGGAACUGCUGGAAUGGGAACUGGUGGUACUAGGGAAAUUGAAGUGGAACAUGGCGUCAGUCAUACCGAAUGACUUUGUUGACCACAUCAUUCGCAGGCUCCCUCUUCCUAAAGACAAGCUCGCAAUGGUCCGCAAACAUACGCAGACAUUCAUUGCCCUCUGUGCCACAGAUGACCGCCUCGCGAUGAACCCUCCUUCCAUGAUUGCCACUGGCAGCAUGGGAGCUGCUGUCUGUGGCCUGCAAUUGUGCCACACUGACCAGAGGCUGAGUCGAGACAAUCUGACAGACCUGCUGGCCAAGAUCACCAAUACAGAGGACUGUUUGAGGGCAUGCCAGGAGCAAAUAGAGCGCGUGCUGGUCAUCAGCUUGCAGCGGGGACAGCAGUGCAGUCGGGACAUGGGUGUCAGAGCAGGCAACAAGGCAAGGGAGCAACAAGACCAGUCCAGCACCCCCACAGACGUACGUGAUAUCAACCUAUGAGCUUACAUUGCCAGCUGAAACCCCAGUCGUGCCUGCCUACCAGUGAACUAGUGGAAACUAAAGGCACGAGCUGCCAGUACGUGCAUCAAGUCACCCUAAGAGUUCGUAUGUGACCAUCUGAGCUUCUGCCACUCGCUCGUCGAGACGUCAAGUAAAAUGACAUUUUAUGAAUCACUUUUAAGGGUUUGUAGUCUUUCAUACCUGGUUGUUUGAAUUAUAUACAUGGGGAUACCAAGACCAGUGGCUCCACGUUCUUCAGUGAUUGCUGUUUUCUAUUUGAAAUACUGGAUAAUUUAAGAUUUUAAGGCCUCUACAAUUACUUUAACUUUAAGGUUGGCCUCAUGCAUUGCAGAUACCAUAUGUGCAACCAGUGGUGAUGUCUCACUUCAUUUUAAUAGAUAAGAUGCCAAAUAGGUUGGAACCACUGGCCUAGACAAGGCUAAUGGAGAAUGACCUCAAGUUAUAAAUCCCUUGAAUUGUUUUUCUCCAACACUCAUCUGCUUGCUUGUAUUUUGUCCUGUAUGGACCACAUGUACUCAAACAAUUUAUUUAAAGUAGUAAAUUCUUGAAAACUUGAUAGUGCCUUACGUUCCCACAAUGGAAACCUGUAUAUAGUUUCAUACUUGAAAAAAAGGCCUAAUUAUAUGAAAUACACAUUUCUAUUGAUCCAACCCUGCAAAAGCAAAUAUGAUUAUUAAUGUAUAUCUGGUUAUUUAGUUAGUAUCUAGUUUAAUUAUUCUUUAAUUAUCUUUAGCAAUUAUCAAUUCAGAUUUAGUGGGUUUUUCUGACUUUUGUCGUUCAUAUCAACUUGCAGGAAAGCCUUUUUUUCAUAGUCUAAUGAUUGAUGGGCUGACAGCAUUUAUACCAAGAGGAGCACAAGCCAGCUCUUCUAUACCGUCAUACUGUGCACCUUUAGCACUGCCUUCUAUUUAUGCUGAAAUGUGCUGUCUGGAAGCGGGCUGGGCCUGCUCUAACAAGAAGGUAGGGUGGGUGGUCGAGAUCUGGAUCAAUGGCUUCUGUCUGGAAAAUGAAUACAGAGGUCAGUUAUUAAGGUCUUGAUUUCACUGCCCAAUCUACAGAUCAAUAUGUUAGGAGCACAGUAUGUAUCUGUACUCAGCAAAACUACAUUCAGUUAAUAGAUUGUUGUAAUUAGCGUUCUGUUUGUCAUAUAGCUCCUAUGUGUUGGAUUGAGUUUAGUAGUUGCUUUGCAGGAGAUGUGGCUGUUUGGGCCUCAGGUGCUGAUGUCAUGUCUAGUAUUGGGAUGAAAAGGAAAGUUGGCAUGUUGACAUUUUUACCAGGAUUGAGAGUAAAUGUAGAUCCAGUUUGGAGGGUUUCUGGGGAUCUUUGGAAAAUGAAAGUAUGUGUAAAGUGGAAGAAGAUGGGAUAUGGGUUGAACGAUGAAUUGGGGUGAAAGGUGACUUAAGCUACGCAUUUCUGAAGUUGCACAGUUAGCGACACAGGAACCCUUGGAUUCUUCCAGAUCAUCUGAGAGGAGUGGAUGUCCAGGGAACAGAUUAGGUGUACUGCAGUUUCUCCUGUAUCAGUUUUACCAUUAGGGGGGGUCAUAUUGUCCAACAUUUUUUAAUUCACUUUUCACAGUUGAAUAUGGCUGAGAUUUCAUAUUAAACAGCCAGUUAUUCCUCUGUGCACGUAGAAAUGGACCUGCUAUGAGCUACAUUUAGGCUAAUUUGUCUGGGCUUGUUCUAUGUGAUACACCUACACUCUGUGUGAAAGGGCUGGACUAUUCGGCCAUUAGUUUGGUGCUACAGACAGGCAGCUCCUUUCCAUUUAAAGCAUCAGGCAGACAAACCAGUCGCCUGUUUAUUUACCAAAGUCUGUAACGAUAGUUACAGUCUGCAACAGAUUAUUUUUAAGACACCACGUGACCCAAUAUUUUGCUUAAAAAAUAUGUACAAUAUGACCCCUUUAAGUUUAGUUAUUUGUAGGGAGGGAGGCUUGAAACAAUAUCGAUGCACUUUUAAAACACACUCCUUAAGAUCGGUAAGGGGAAGCUGAUUCCUGAGCUCAGUGGGUUAUUAGGGUCUUUUUUUUCCCUCUUUUUUUCUUCUUUUUUUUAAGUUAUUUUACCUUUUUUGGGCUGGAUUCCCAUGGGCUAAUACAUAUUGUCUUGAAAGCUACACUUCAAGAGGAGUGUGGUUGUAGGAUAUUAUUUUAUAGCUAUGUUGAAAUAUGGAACAAAAUCAGUUGCAUUGUAAACUAAGGAAAGCCAAGACUUUUUUUUUUUCAUUUAUUACCUUACUUGAAUUUUGCGGAAUCCAUAACCAAACCUUCCAACAAUUCUCUCAGAAUUCACUUGUGUGUUUUACUCUUUUUUUUUUUUGCUGUUGUUGUUUUAAUGUAGAUAAAUUCUUCCUCCAAAUUGUUUUAAAACUGCAAUUUUUGUCAAGGUAUUUCCCCCAUUACAUUAUAUACAUGGGUAGGGGCUUUUAUGGUAUGACUGUUUGAAGAAAUAUUGUACAAUAUAUAGCCAAUUUCCCCAUGAUGGGAAUUGUUAGAAAUACUCGUGUAUUUAAAUUUUUUUUUAAGAACAGAAAUAUAGUUUCUAAAUUGUAUUCUUGCUUGUUCUGUUGUGCAAAAUAAGCCAAAAUAUGUUUUACAAAAAAAGUGCUUUAAACAGGAAAAAUUGUUUAUGCUUUAAAGUUUUAUGUGUAAUUUGAAAGAGAAUUCCAAAGCGACAAAUCAAUUACACACAUCAUUCUUUUGCUGCUACGAAGCUUUUCUUUUCUAGUCUUACACAAAGAUGACAUUGCCUUAUUUUGAUUCACUUGAGUGUGCUGCUGCUAUAUUAUGACAUUUUGUGUGUGUGUAUAUAUAUAUAUAUAUAAAAACAGUCUUUAUGCUUUCCUGUUGUAUGUAUUCUGGAGGGAUCGUAACAAAGGUUGGAACGGGACUGGAAGUAUUUGUUUGCUGAUCGUUUGAUUACAUGUUUAUUCUUCGUGUUUUCAUUUUGUAUCUCCUGUCAAUCUCGCUGCUUUUUGUAAUGUUUGUGUACCUCAGGUUAAUUGGAUAGAUGGCGCGAGAUCCCGUCGCGCAUUACCUCAUCACACAUCACGUCAGUGUCGCUUCACUCAGAAUUUGUUGGACGGGAUUUCACUUAUUUUUUCUGAACGAAAGGGAGGACUGUUAGCUCUCUUUAAAUCACAGGUUUGUCGCCAGAUUCCGCCUAGCAGUUUAAAGUAUGUCGAGUCUAAAAACAGGGUUUUUUCCCCAUAUAUCUGGUGCUAAGUCAGACUAUGCAGUAUAUUGUGCAUGUAUGAGGAAAAAGACCCCCCCCCCCCCCCCCCCAAAAAUUUUGUUUUUCCCCUUACUUGGAGUUUUGUUGGCUUGUUUAGAACCAGUUCAUUGGAACAUGUGGAAUAUUGUUUCUUUUGAGGUACCGUUGAGUCCACGUUAUGGCCACUAGAAUGUUAAUUGUUCAAUGUGGGGAGUAAAGAUGGGACCACCAGUGUGUUUUCCAAACCCAUCACCAUGUGUCGCCCACAGUGUACCUCAAAGAUGUCUGAUCCACAAUUUAUGAUCAAUAAAUUGGCUAAAAU